GUCUGGUAUACAAAGCGCCGGUGCUGGCGCCAGUGAUUGUACACGCAGCCAGCCGGGCAGCUUUACCCCUUGACGAAGUGACCCUGGGAUCUGCCCUAGCUGCUGCCAACUAUACCACCGCUCUAAUAGGUAAGUGGCACCUGGGUAUGUACUGUGACUGGAUGGGACGCUCGUGUCCUGGGCCUCUGAAACACGGCUUCCAGUCCUUCUUCGGCAUCCCGGUCACACUCUUCCAGGAGUUUCGAGGACCACACCCCUUCUGGAUAUUCAAGCUGGACGAACCCAGAUUCCAGGGACUGGCGGUGACAUGGCUGGUGACGGUACUGACGUUGCUGGUGGCCUGGAAGAAGCGCACUGUGCGCUUCUCAGUACUCUUCAGUUUUGCUGUCAUUACCAACUUUCUCCUCUUCCUCGUGUGGUUCGUUUUCGCUCACAUCUCAGAAAACGACGACUGUGUCUGGCACAUGUCUCCCUGGAUGCACCGCUUCCUUAACUCUAUGUUACUGAGAGACGACGUGGUGGUGGAGAAGCCUAUACAGCUAGAUGGCUUGUCGCAGCGCCUCGCUCAAGAGUCACGAGAGUUCCUGGCAGCCCACGCCAACGAUGACCGCCCCUUCUUCCUCUUCCACUCCUUCCCCCACGUGCACACGCCCAUGUUCUCGGCGCCUUACAGAGCUGGGGUCAGCAAACACGGAAGGUACGGAGACAACGUGGAGGAGAUGGACGAGAGUCUGGGUGUGGUGCUAGACGCUCUCAAAGAAUAUGGUCUCGAGGACAACACACUUGUUUACUUCACCUCCGACCAGGGCGGCCAUCUCGAGGCCAUAGACCAUGAUGGCCAGCGCAUCGGGGGCCACAAUGGCCGUUUCAAGGGCGGUAAAGGCCAGGGCGGGUCAGAAGGCGGCAUCAGGGUGCCGGGGAUCUUCAGGUGGCCAGGUCACCUGCCCAGCGGUGUGACCAUUGACACGCCCACCUCCCUCAUGGACCUCCUACCCACCGUGCUCUCCCUUGCUAACCUUCCCUCAUUACCUCAGCUAGUGCCCUCAGCUGCUGACAAGGAGCUGGAUGGUGUGGAUAUCUCUGAGCUGCUGAUCCAUGGCAAGCAACCGGAAGGUCACAGAGUUUUCCUUCACCACUGUGCCCAGUAUAUACAUGCCAUCAGACUUGUUACAGAGCUGCAUGUGUAUAAGAUGCACGUGGCGAAGUACAAGUGGUCUCCAGGCAGUACACAGUGUGGCUGGGGCUAUAACACUGGCUGCUUGUGUUUCGGUGAAGAAUUCGUCACAGACAUAUCCAGCGAGCCGGAGUUGUAUGACCUCGUCAAAGAUCCAUUCGAGGAGGGUCAGCCUAUUGACCCCAGCACACAGGAAUACAUAAGAGUGGUGAGGUCUCUGCAGAAUUACCUGAAGCAGUGGCAUCACAGAGUCCGCUACGCACCUUCCCAGUUAGCCAAUGUCGCUGAGAUCAUGUGGCGUCCUUGGCUCCAGCCGCAGUUCCCCUUCUAGCUUCUUCAUGACCAAGACACCUGUAGCAACACCUCCUACCCUGUAUCCGUAUCCACACACUCUCCUAUCCUCUAUUAUGUAUCCAAAAACACUGUCCUACCGUGGAUUAUGCAUUCACAAACACUCAGAAUGGGGGCACGUCACAAGCGGUGUUCCUCAGGGGUCAGUGUUGGGCCCGUUGUUGUUCACAAUUUACAUAAACGACAUAGAUGAGGGAAUAAAUAGCGACAUAAGCAAAUUUGCUGAUGGCCGUCCAAUUCAUUCUAAUGAGGACACUAGAGCACUCCAGGAUGAUUUGAAUAAACUGAUGCAAUGUUCGGAGAAGUGGCAGAUGCAGUUUAAUAUUGACAAAUGCAGAGUUCUAAAUGUUGGACAGGUAAAUAACCAUGCCACAUAUAAACUAAAUAAUGUAGAUCUUAAUACUACUGAUUGCGAAAAGGAUUUAGGAGUUCUGGUUAGCAGUAAUUUAAAACCAAGACAACAGUGCAUUAGUGUUUGCAAUAAAGCUAACAGAAUUCUUGGCUUCACAUCUAAAAGUAUAAAUAAUAGAAGUCCUCAGGUUGUUCUUCAACUCUAUAUAUCCUUGGUUAGGCCUCAUUUAGACUAUGUUGCUCAGUUCUGGUCACCGUAUUACAGAAUGGAUAUAAAUGCUCUGGAAAACGUACAGAGGAGGAUGACAAAGAUGAUCCCAUGUAUCAGAAAUCUUCCCUAUGAGGAUAGACUGAGGGCCCUGAAUCUGCACUCUCUCGAAAGGCGUAGAAUUAGGGGGGAUAUGAUUGAGGUGUAUAAAUGGAAAACAGGAAUAAAUAAAGGGGAUGUAAAUAGCAUGCUGAAAAUUUCCAGCCAAGACAGGACUCGCAGCAAUGGUUUCAAGUUGGAAAAAUUCAGAUUCAGAAAGGAUAUAGGAAAGCACUGGUUUGGUAACAGAGUUGUGGAUGAUUGGAACAAACUCCCGAGUACAGUCAUUCAGGCUAAAACGUUGCGUAGUUUUAAAAAUAGGUUAGAUAAAUACAUGAGUGGGUGUGGGUGGGUGUGAGUUGGACCUGACUAGCUUGUGCUGCUGGGUAUGGUGCAGUGCUCCAUCCUUGAGUGGAGAUGGCCAUACUGGGUGGGUCAUUUGGCUAAUCCGGGGGGGGGUGUCAUUGGUCUUAUCCGGGGGGGGGGGACAUGGGCCUGCUCCGCAUGGGUCAGUAGGCCUAUUGCAGUGUUCCUUCUUUGUUAUGUUAUGUUCUUAUGUCCUACUCUUUAUGUAUUCAUAAACACUCGCCACUUAUUCUGUAUAAAUCCACAAGUAGUACUUCUUCCCUGCAUCGUGUAUCCAUAAAUAUUGUCCUCUUAACGUGUAUAUGUAUCCACAACCAUUGCUGCCCUGUAUAUGUAUCCACAACCACUCCUGCCCUGUAUAUGUAUCCACAACCACUCCUGCCCUGUAUAUGUAUCCACAAAAUACUCCUGCCCUGUAUUAUGUAACUUGUAACUUGUAACUUGUAACUUGUGAGCUCAUUACCUUUGUACCUAGUUCAGCUAUCAAAACUUUGGGGGCCCAGUCCCUGGACCCAUUACGUACCUCUGUAAUCUGUAAAUACCUUUGUAACUUGUCAUGAUUGUGACCAGACUUACCUGGAGUUCAUUACCUUUGUAAAUUGUGAGUUCAUUACCUUUGUAAAUUGUGAGUUCAUUACCUUUGUAAAUUGUGAGUUCAUUACCUUUGUAAAUUGUGAGUUCAUUACCUCUGUAACUUGCUCAGCUAUCAAAACUUUGGAGUCCAGUCCCUGGACCAAUUAUGUACCUCUGUAAUCUUUUGACUACCGCCCACAGGAUGGGUAUGGGGUGCAUAAUAAACAUAUUAAACUAACCUGUAUUAUGCAUCCACAAACACUGAUAAGGGGAAAAUGUCAGUCAGAGAGAGAAAUAAAUAAAAAGGAAUGAGAAAAGGAAAAGAAGAUUAUGACGCUAAAGUUGCAAGGGAUUUGAAGAUAACCCAAAAGAUUCUUUCAGGUAUAUAGAAGUAAGAUUAGGGACAAGAUAGGCCCACUCAAAAGUAACUAUGUCAAAUCACCGACAAUGAUAAGGAAAUGUGUAAAAUUUUUAACACUUACCUCCUCUCAGUUUUUACACAGGAAGAUACUAGUGAAAUCCCAGAAAUAAAUUAUGUAGAACAGGACGAUAAUAAACUAAGCCACGAUUAAGGGUAACUAGUGACAUGGUCCUCAGACAAAUAGAGAAAUUAAAACCUAACAAAUUCCCAGGCCUUGAUGAACUGUUUGCAAGGGUUUUAAAGGAAUGUAAAGAGGAACUUAACAAACCUCUGGCUAAUCUUUUCAACAUACCACUACAAACUGGCAUAGUGCCAGACAAGUGGAAAAUGGCAAAUGUGAUACUUUUCUACAAAGCAGGAGACAGGUCAUUAGCUUCGAACUAUAGACCACUAAGCAUUACCUCCAUAUUGGGAAAUUUUUUUAAAUCAAUAAUUGCCGAGGCAGUUCGUAGCCAUCUUGACAGGAAUAAACUGAUUGAUGACGAUCAGCAUGGUUUUACAAAGGGGCAUUCUUGCCUUACAAAUUUACUAACUUUUUUCACUACGGCAUUUGAGGAGGUAGAUCAUGGUACUGAAUAUGCUGUUGUGUGUAUGGACUUCAGUAAGUCUUUUGAAAGAGUUCCACAUAAGAAGUUACUGAGGAAAAUUGGGGAAAGCACUGAAUCUCAACCACUGCUUUCCUAUAGAAAAGCACUGGUUUAGUAAUAGAGUUGUGGAUGAGUGGAACAAACUCACGAGUACCGUCAGUGAAGCUAAAACAUUGUAGUUUUAAAAAUGGGUUAGAUAAUACAUGAGUGGGUAUGGAUGGGUGAGUUGGACCUGACUAGCUUGUGCAGAUAAGUCUGAGUGCUUCUUCCUUAAGUGGAUGUGACCUGGACCUGACUAGCUUGGGUCAAUGGCCGGUGGGUGACUUAGACCUGCCUCUCAUGGGCUAGUGGGCCUGCUGCAAUGUUCUUUCUUUCUUAUGUUAUUAUGUAUGACCAAUAUGGGUUUGGCGCUUAUUUCCAUUAUAAUGAUAACGAAUUUCAUGUAGUCUAUAACAAUACAGUCUGUAUCGGAGCGAUUUACGUAGCUACAUAUUAUCAGUCACUAGGCCUAAAAAAAUAGUUAAUCUAGGCUAAAUUAACUACUUUCACCGUCAAUAAGCAAAAAUAUACGUGCAGAAUGUUAUCCCAUGUUAAGAGCGGCAGGGUGAGCACACACACAUUCAUCUCAGUAGCCUAAUACCUCGGAAACCAACCUCUCGUCAUGCACGAUGACAAACACGGGCUGUAUGAACAUGCACCAGGUGCUGUGGUUCAUGGGGUGUGGUUGAUGCAUCAGGUAUGAGGAUUAUAUUGAAGGCAGUGUGGGGGUGGGUUGGCAGGGGCGCCAUGGGGACUGGGACGUGGGUCGUCAGGUGUAAUAUUAUACACAACUCCCAGGCAACGCUCACGUCUCUGAGUCGGUGGGAUAAUCCAACGGUUGCUUAACCGUCUCUCGUAAUAGGGCCAACAACUAUCGCAUUCGCAUCUGUAUCUAAGGUUGACACCUUAAUUGUAACUGAUUCUCUAUCAUCCAUAAAUGCUCUUAACUCCUUGAGUAUCAAUUGUGGCAUGCUUAUGUCAGAAGCCAGACAUAGGCAUGAUUAAAUUUAUUCAGGUACAGGUACACAUAAAUACAGUUACAUAAAUUAUCAUACACAGAAUAUGUGUAGAUUGCCUAGGAUAACCCAAAAAAGUCAAACAAAGUGACUUAUUUCCAUUGGGGUCCUUGUAUGACAGGACUGUAUGAUACAACUGUAGAGUAGAAUCAGGGUACACCUGUGGAUUCUGACAUUGAUAUUCAGAUAAAUAAUAGAACUAAUGAACUGGCAAAUCCAACAAAAUAAGCAGACCUCUGGAUAUCACUACCUCCCGGCUCUGGCUAAAUUAUCUCUGGGAGGUUACAGCAGCAUGACCAGCUGAUGUAGACAUAUUUAAAUGUAAACUUGCCAGAUGGACAACUGUCACACUUUGCGUCAUUAUGUGCUGGAAUGUGAUAAAAUAAUGAAUUCAGAAAACUCACUCACGAACAUUUAAGAAAUGUCAAAGUAUUUUACCCACCUGGAGUAUACCUAAAGGGCAUUCCGAGAGUCAGCGCCCUCGCGGCCCUGACCCACCGUGAGGUGGGUCAGGGCCUGAUCAACCAGGCUGUCACAGUUGUAUUUUACAAACCAUUCUGGAAAAAAUACCCCAUCUGUCUGUUGUCAAUAAUUCAUAAAUAUUUAAACUUGUUUAAAUUAAACCAUACCUUGUUAAACUAUAAUGGAAUACAAAUAAUUCACAACCACAUAUAAGCUACAAUUAAUACGUUUGUGACUUGAUUCAUGUCUGCAUAAAUAAUCAUUACGAUUGUAACCAGAUAUAAACAUGUAACUAGUUCAUUACCACUAACUCAUUUAGCUAUCAAAAUUUGGUGCCCAGUGCCUGGACCCAUAUGUGCCUCUGUAAUCUUUUGAUUACCACCUAUAGGAUGGGUAUGAGGUGUGUAAUAAAGAUAUUAAGUUGAAA